AUGUUGAAGCUUCGAGGCGUAUUUCCUACGCUAAGUACACGAUUCGCAUCAAGUUUGAUUAGACAACGCCCUGCCUUUCAUGAGGUGUUUCCCCAAAAGAAAAUGGUAAAUCGGUUGCUCUUUGAGCUAGACAGUAGACUCACUUUCAAUAAGCUAUAUCCUGUUUAUGAAUCAAUAUAUGAGUCAUUGGAUAAGUCCACUGAUGCAUCAAUUCCUAAUGGCUUUACAGGAAAAGAUUUAAUGAUUAUGAAAAAGGUUAUCGAGAAGAUUAGACAUAAGACAAAGACUAUCAACAAGAACUUAUUGGCUCUUGAAAAUGAGAUACUUGAUUUAGCUGCUGAAAGGGGAGACAAUGAUGCCAUCUCUCUACUUUGUUUUGAUGUUUUAAAAGAUCCAUCCCACAACAGUGAUGAAGAUGUGGCGCAUGCUAAGAGACUAAUCAAAGAACUGUACAAGAAAGAACACCCACUUACCGUAAAACUAACUGCAGAUAUUGCCCUGCUGAAUAGUGAUGAUACUACUGCCGAGAAAUACUACCUCAAGUUUUUAGAUUUGCAAAAUGAUACAUUUUUAGCCGGGGAAGUCUAUGGCCAGUUGGGCCAAAUACACUUCAGAAAACCUGAUCUUGUUAAGGCAGAGCAGUGCUUUUUAAAAGCUAUAAAGUUAUGUCCAAUAGAUUACUCGGUCAGGUCAUAUUUUCUCUUAGGACAAAUAUAUAUCAAUAACGAUGUGUUCAAGGCUCGGUCAUUGAUAGAGAGUAGCGCGACUCAGGGAUUCAGAGAAUCGUUCAAGACGUUAGGCUUACUUGAAAUGAAUUACUUUAAAAAUUAUCCAAAAGCCCAAGAAUGGUUCAAACUAGGAAUGGAGCUAUAUGAUAUCCAAUGCUACAUUGGAUAUUUCGACUGUGCAAUGUUCAGUGAUGACUUACUUUUAGCAAAGAAAUGCUUUGAAAGUUUUACUAAGCUCUCAGAAAGUAAUCAAGACAUCAAGAAAUUGUUUGAAACGUUUUGUGCGCAUAGAGUGGAUGAUAUUAAAAGAGUUAACGACUAUAUUCUGCCGUCAUCAACUCUGAAUCCUUUACCAAAUGUGGCUGCAUCGAAUGCGAAAACUGAUGUUUCUAAGUCAAAUACCUGGAACCUAUAG